GUGGAAGAAAGGUAACCUGGCUGACUGACUCUUGCAAGUUUGAAUAGAAAGUGGGUCACCUCACUUCAGCACAUGUAUAAAUACACCUCAGGAAACGCAAAGUCUUAUCAAAACUUAAGCCCUCUAGGAAGGAGUUGAAGUAAGCCCUUCCCGGUCAUAAAGAGAAGAAAUAUCAGUAUCGGAAAACCGAACAAGACGGGUGUGCCGUUGUGGAUGUUGGGGUUGGGUGUGGACCGGCUUCAAGCCGACAUCAACCGCCUUCUAACCUCCCUUUUCCAUCAGGGAGUGCUGGACGAGCAGUUCUUGCAGCUGCAGCAGCUUCAAGAUGAAACUUCACCAACAUUUGUGUACGAUGUCAUUAAUAUCUACUUUGACGAAUCCGAGAAGCUACUCCGCAGCCUUAGAUUAUUGCUGAUGGAUAGAGAAUUCUCCGACUACAAGAAGAUAGGAUUGCAUCUGAAUCAGUUGGUAGGAAGCAGUUCCAGCAUUGGUGCUCGUAGGGUUCGUAACGUCUGUGUUGCCUUUCGCUCUGCUUCCGAGCUUAACAACCGCCCAGGGUGCUUGAGAGGUCUGGAGAUAGUAGAGCAUGAGUAUCAUUACCUCAAGAAUAUGAUGCAUGAACUCUUCCAGCUGGAGCAGCAGAGGCUAUUAGCUGCAGGAGUCAGAUAUCCAAUGUAGAUUUUAUAAUUACGUUCUAUCAUAAAAUUCCGAUAAUUAAUUAAUGACAGAUAAUUAGUGCGUGAUGUACUGAGUUGUAAGCUAGCCAAGCUUUUCUUUUAUUUUCUAAUGCAUUGUUACUACUCUCUUCAGAAAAUUUAAAUUACAAUCGCUUUAUGUAUUUGUUUCCCAGUUCCUUUUUUUGUGAAACUGUUUCCCAGUUCCUACAUAUUGUUUGUUACACCCAUCUUAUAGAAACAUAGAAAACUACUUCAGUUAGAAAACUACUAUAAAAAGAAACUGGGCUGUGGAGGACGAUAACGAUAAAAGAAAAAAAAAAAGGCCCCCAAGCAUCAUAUAACGUAACUUUUAGUUGCAAAAGAAAAAAAAUAAUAACGUAACUUUCAUAUUAUUUGAACAGUAUUGAAAUUUCAGGUUGUCCAAUGAAACGAUAAGUUCACUUUCUUGAUAAAGCGUAAACAAGAACAACACAGAUAUAUAUUGUCACUUGAGAGUUAUAAAUAAAUGUGGACAAUGUGGUUACUUACCUGUGAGAUGAAAUGUGGACAAGUAAGAAAAGGAAUUUGUUAAAUGAAAUGUGAAAUGGAACUAAAAUCACCUGUGAUUGAAUUUCCUUUUAAUUUUGUUAGAAUUCAUUUCUUCUUGGAUUUUAAAUACAAAAAAUUUGCUUAAUAUUUUAAGGAAUUCAUAUCUAUAAUAUUUAGAGCACGAGAGAUAUCUCAUAUGUCGAUAGGGGAAGUGAGAUCUAUCCUAUACUAAAAGCUGGAUAUGGUGAGCAGAGAGCGUGCCACGUCAUUUAAAAAAAUUAACCAAUCAUAGAUUAGUAUUUUGCCACUUAAGUACAAUUGAGAAAAAGUGGGCUUUUCGUAUUGAAUCUAUUAAAAUGAUUUGUCAGCCCAUUUAGACAAAGCUGCUUCUUCCGUCUUCAAGCUUCGCGACGCUCUCCCGACUCUAGCGACUCUCUCCUGACUCUUCCACUUCAUCAUCUUCUCCAACUUCUAUUUUUUUUUCCGUUACUUUUUCAAUCUUAAAGGGAUUCUUAAAAGUUUGCUCUACCUCUCCUUGAUAAUCUUCCUAUAUAAAGUUCUAUCUCUAAACCUAAAUCCAUCCUAAAUAAAUCAAAACUAUUCGGCAGAAACGACAUCAAUGGCUAUUAAAUCCACCACGAAGUCUCAGAUUACCACCAGAAAAUCUCCCGUCACCAUGUACUUCAAGGACAUCUCACCAGGACGAUCAACUUUUGGGAGACACAAAACAUAGCCAAAGCUGGAGCCUCUCUUGGAUUAGAGCUACGGCCAUGGAAUCCAACGGAAAGUCUCCCAUCUCCACCGGAAAGUCACAAGCUGUGAAUCCCUUGGAACAGAAUCUACUACGAAAUCAAGGCUACAGAUGUUGAUGUGAUCCCCAAGAUACCGUUAUUUUGAUCCAAAUCGAUCUGACGACCUCCGUUAGUGAAAUAAUUUCACAUAUACUAAUAUCAUGCAUGGUACUUAAAUAUCCCCUUACCCAAUAGGUGAUAUGUUCUUUCUUAUAUUCUAAAGUUUUUAGUUUUCAAUGAAAGAUACCUUCUGGAGAAGGAAUUCACAUUGACGGUAUGGUGCCAGGUGCCAACACAUCACUCCCAUAACUUAUGAUGAUUGAGUUCAGAGCAGGCUCUGUUUUUUUUAUAUUUAAAAAGGAUUGUCUUUUAAGUGUUUAUGCAGGAUGAGAGAAGCAUAGAAACAGCAGAAUCUGUGACAUGCUUUUCAUAGCAACGUCUCAUUGCCUUGCUGAUUCCAUCUUCUCUCUUGGCAACCAUUGCCUGCAAUUGAGUGACAGAAAGAGAAUAUACGUUAAGCUGAAGAUUACAUCUGAUCUCAGUUAUAGAAGUGUUUGAGGAGAGUGAAGGGCGUAAACAUGGAGAGUGUUCACUGCUUGAUCUUGCCACAGUCUUGGAAUUCAAAAAGAAACUCUGUGAGGCUAACUCUGUGAGCGAGAGCCAUGUACCAGAUAGUCUCUUGGAGAGACUUAUCAGUGGUACUAUCGAAUUCCCACCAGCUUGUGCCAUUGUAGGUGGAAUAUUAGCACAGGAAGUGAUCAAAGCUGUAUCAGGGAAAGGAGACCCGGUAAAGAACUUCUUCUACUAUGAUGCUCAAGAUGGAAGACAUCUCCAACUCUUUUACCUCUUAACCACUGAGUCCUGAAUUUUCAUCUAACUCUGUUUUUAUAAACUGAAUUCUGUGUUCAUUCUA